GUUCUUUAGAAAUGUAUUAUAUCUACCGAAUUAGAAAAAUAGUAGAAAAAAGAUAUAUAUAUUCUAUCCAAGUUUGUACAUUAGAGGUUAAGUUAGUUCAAACGCGUCAAUCACUGAUAUACCCGUGACGUCCACGCCGGAGAACCAGUGACAUAUGGAUUACAUCACGGCUCUGAAGGUGCCACGGCGUUAUGCACAGCUCUACAAAAAGCAUCUGUUAGAGCUGGGUGCUCUGGACCUGCAGUACAGUGUACAGAAACACUCAGAUGGAACCGUGACUCUCCCAGUCUCCCCGAAUGCUCUGUCUCUCCUGGAUUCUGUCUCACUGCACAGCUGUGCAACUCAGGACAGCUCCUUUGACAUAGUUCAUAUACAGGCUUCUCAGGUUUCAAGAAAAAGCAAAGUGAAGCCUCAUCGAGAGAGAAUGAUUGAGGUUGUUCAGGAUCUGAUAGCUACUAAAGGAGAGAAAUGGAGUAAGGAACUUGAGGGGGAUAUACCCAACGGAUGGCAGCGGCAUGGUGAUCUGCUUCUCUUUGGUGAUGGAUGCUUUUCACAAGCAAUCUGGAGAAAAUUUGGCGCUGAGUUGUGGUUUGCUGUUGCCCAAGUACUCGGAGUGAAGCGUCUAGCACAAAUAAAACAGAUUUCCCAGGAUGGAUGGCGAACACCAGUGGUAACAAUGCUAUUAGGAGACAACAGCUAUGUAACUCAUAUUGAUAACCACAUCAGAUAUGAAUUUGAUGUCACCAAGUGUAUGUUCUCCUUCGGAAACAUCACAGAGAAACUGCGAAUAUCCUCCUUUGACUGCACUGGUGAGACUGUGGUUGACCUGUAUGCAGGAAUUGGCUACUUCACCCUUCCAUAUCUGGUCCAUGCUGGUGCUGCCCAUGUACACGCAUGUGAAUGGAACCCAGAUGCAGUUUCAGCACUGCAAAGAAACCUACACAUUAAUAAAGUAGCACACCGUUGCACUGUGCAUCAAGGAGACAACAAACAACUGUCCCUGAAUAACCUAGCAGACCGAGUGAAUCUAGGCCUGAUACCAAGCUCUGAAGAGGGCUGGCCAGUGGCUUGUCGUCUUCUGCGGAGAGACACUGGCGGAAUACUGCAUAUCCAUAACAAUGUCACCACACCGAUCCAGCAUCAGAGACUUCAGUCAUCCUCUAGUUUGUUAAAUGAGGGAAAGGGAUCCAUGAGUGGAACUCAAAACAUUUCUCGAGAUAAAGAAGUGUGGAACAACUGGGCUGAAAACACAUCAAGCAGCAUCCUCACACUUCUGAAAGACAUCACUAGGGCUGAGUGGAGGACCAGCAUUAAGCAUAUAGAGCAUGUGAAGUCUUAUGCGCCGCACAUAAAUCACAUAGUAUUGGAUCUGGAGUGUAAACCGGUCAAAUAAGUUGACUUUUUUUGUAUGUGUAACUUUUUUUGUUUGUUUUUAAUGAAACAGAAUAAAAAAAUCUGACUUUGCUUGGA